CAUUACGGUAUUUAUGUAAUUUCCAGUGUAGACUUAUACAACUGUAAUGGACACUGUGCACAUAUGCCGGUGGCAAUCUGCAGAUAUUUGUCCUUUAGUCGGUUGUUUCUAGCUGUACUGUAACAUGGCUGGCUGUGUUUUCCUCUCCAGGCUCUCGUCUCUGAUAAGAGGACAGGUUUGCUGUAAAGUUUCUAGCUGUGCGCAGACGAGAGUUCGUAGGUUGUGGUGCGCCUUAAGCUGUUCUCAGCUACACAAAGUAGGAGGAAACAGCGGCUUGGCUGGCAAAGUGGAUCGGUUCGGUGGAGUUACUGUAGAUUUAGCUGAGGUGGGACUUCCGGCGGACAUCAGCGAAGAUGCAUUCAGCAGGUUAUUGAGAGAUUCCUUAUCCCAGUGGAAAGCAGAAGGGAGGAUGGCAGUGUGGCUACGAGUUCCCAUGUCACUGAGUCGAUGUGCUGCUGCUGCCUCGUCUCAUGGCUUCACCUUUCAUCAUGCCAGAGGUGAAUAUGCCAUGCUGGCUCUCUGGCUGGGAGGAGGUGAAAGCAGACUGCCAGGGUUUGCUACUCAUCAAGUUGGAGUAGCAGGUGCUGUGGUUGAUGAGUCUUCUGGAAAAGUUCUUGUUGUUCAGGACAAAAACAAGACAAAGAAUGCCUGGAAGUUUCCAGGAGGUUUGUCUGAUCCAGGAGAAAAUAUUGGAGCCACUGCCGUUCGUGAGGUGUUUGAAGAGACCGGCAUUCGCUCCGAGUUCAGAUCUCUACUCAGCAUCCGGCAGCAGCACAACCACCCCGGAGCCUUCGGCAUGUCGGACAUGUACGUCAUCUGCCGGCUGAGUCCACUCACAUACGACAUCAACUUCUGCAUGCAGGAGUGUCUGCGCUGUGAGUGGCUGGAUGUCAGCGAGCUUGCUAAAACCAGCAGCACCACGCCCAUCACCUCCCGCAUUGCCAGGCUGCUGCUGUACGGCCUGGAGCGGGGAUUCGACAAGAUCGACCUCACCAUGGAGGAGAUUCCUGCGGUUUACUCUGGGAUGUUUUACCAGCUGUACUACAGACAGCUGCCCACUUAAUCACAAAAACAGGUGAACAUUUAAGAAACUUUUGGUAAAGACUGAUACGUAUGAAGUGCUAUUGUUUAAAAAUUGCUAAGGAUCUUUGAAGAUGCUCUACAGAUUUUUGCAUAAGGACUAAAUCCAGCUAGUUAACUAAUGGAAAAUGUUACAACUAAGCUAAACAAACUUGGCUGGUAUAAAAUAUCUAUUAUUAUGGCAACUUAAUAAGCCAACUGAUUAUAAUUAGCCUACAUUUAUAAAUUAAACUACCUCUUAAUGCAAGUUUCAUAUUAUACAAAUAAAAUACUCCUGUACAUAUAAUUAUGUCAGAACUGCUGCUUUGUUUUAAUUAAGGUUUCAAAAAAACACUGGAUAAUCUAAAAAGCCUUUCAAAGUGCUGAAACUGACUUUUGCUUUAGUGUUUUAAAACAUUUGGAGAUUAUUUUUAGGUCAGGGAUUAAAUUCUUGGAAUAAAAACACCAACUAUGUUAAAUAAAAAAAAGACUAAAAAAACUAUAUUUUCAGUUAAACUGCUUAUUAGGGAGCAUUUCUUAACUAAUCAGCCACAAACAGACAAAUAAGGGGACUGCUCUGUGUUGUUGGUUAUCUAUGGCCAGCUGACUCAACAUUAAGUCAAACACUAUCUCAAAUGUUCUGGGUUUAAAAAAUAAACGGUUGUGAGUCACAGCUAUUUUUAGGUGCAGCUGAUGGAACAACAUGGCCGUUGGCUUCACAUCUUCUCCUUCAUUGUUUCCAUGAAGACAUCAGGCUAAUCCCUGGUUAGCACUUGGCAGACAUUGGGAGGAAGAGAAUGGCCUUCUGACCCGGUCCGGUUUUGCUCCCAGACUUGUACUGGCCGGUCCGAUUCAGCGCCACAUACAUGUUUGGGUAUUUUCUGGAGCGGUAGGUGUUGUAGUUGUUGCUUUCUAGGCGUUCUAUGAAUUUGCAUUCCUCUGUGGCUCGUUUCUGGAGAGCAGGACACAGAACAAUAAAGUUUUAUUUAAUGUGUAGCGGUUUUGUGUUUAGUACUGAAAAAAAAAAGCUACAGGGUGAUGAAACAAAUAGCCACAUUGUGAAAUCCCAGUGAAGUGAAGAAACUUGUAAAACAAUACUUCAUUGUGUCUCUAAGUUAUGAUGUUUACCAUCUAUUUUUCUGGUCCACGUGCAUCUCUCCUGACCUUGCCCCUGAAGAAAUGCCAUUACUGAAUGUCUGGCUAAAUUCUGUCUUUGACAGGGCGUUCACACACCUGGCCAAGAAGACACUAUUGUUUUCUGUUUGGUUAACUGCAAAGUCAUAAAGCCUGUAGAAAAAAGAUCCUUUCUUUGAGCUCUAACAGAGGUGACUCUUCUUUUUAAUGCAGAAGUGAUGCUACUAACAAACAAUAACCAUGUUUUGGCGGUGGGAAGUGUUUGUGUCAAAACUUUUCAGAAAAAUUUCCUUCUGUUAAACCACAGAUAAAUUAAAUAGGUGUGUCCCAGAACAGCAGUGGCUACAUUAUAGCUCAUCACCACCAGUGUGUGAAUGACUGUGUUGUAAAGCACCCUGGGGGGUUCUACAGCUCUAGCAGGUGCUUUAUCAAAUACAGGACAUAUACCAUACAUAGGAUUCUAAUUAAAGAUAAUUAAAUUACAGAAUGUUUAAUACUUUAAGUUAUAUUUUUAAAGUAAAGAGAAUCCAUGCUUGUAAGUUUUGUAAGAUUAAAUAUAUAACUGAAAUCACUAGUGUACUACCAAAGCAGGUCAAAAUUUCAAGCUUUAAAAUAAUAAUCCAAACGAACCAAUCAGAGUGAGACAUGUGCCAGGAGACUUAAUUUCUUCCUGAACCAGAUCAGACUCAGCCUCUCCAGCUUAAGUUAGAAUAAAUGAAUGAAACACAGCAUUUCCCCUCUUUUAUAAAUUUUUUUAGGCAAAUAAUACUACUGGGGAGAAACAGCAGUAGGGUUUCUUGUUUGUAAAUUUACUCCUAAAUGAUUGCUGUGCAGAGCGACGUUUGAGGAGGCAGCCUCUCAUUACGAGGAGGAAAUACCAGCUGCUAAUUAUACUAAACAAGUCCUCACAGCCACAGAACCUUGUAAAUCAGCAACACUCUCUGGAGGGGCAUUAGCAAAACUUCUCCUUUACCACUGGAUUGAUUUUAACCCUUUCAUGAUGGCUGCCUGCCACAGCUAAUUUUGCAACGUGGCUUUAACUUAGUCUUAUCUACCGAUAUGGAGCUAAACAUUCAUGUUGUAACACUGCAGACUCAUCGUCAACUCUGAAUGCCAACAAUCACGCAAAACAUUGUUCAUGAUAAUGACAAGAUGUGAACACAACUGCUGGCAGCAGCUGGUGUGCAUUCCUUCAUGAAAUCAUACAUAUCAUUGCAUCUGGUCUUUAUUUAACCAUGAUGUUCAAAUGUUUCUGCUCUUUUGGACCACCUUUUUGUUAAUAAAAUAAGAAAAAAAUUAAGCUGCAAGCAGCGUCGUUCGGCCCUCGCAGCUCCGCGCCGCUCCGGCCUGGCCGGCAGUCUGGUGCACCUGGGCACGUCCGUUGAACAUAAACAUCGACCACCCCACGCCAGAAACCGCGAACGGUCUCCUCGUCCGCGCCUCACCCUGACUCAGCAUCUUCUUUGAGCCCACCAUUAAAUUACACAUCUAACCCCUAGGGGAUACUCUAUCUUUACCACACUGGAGGUGUGAUGACACAGACCAAGUUUACCGCCAUUCUGACCACGUUUUUUGAAGUCAUUGAAGGUUAAAGUUAUCUAGGGGGCGCUGUGAUCAACUACAGAAAAAUCCCAUUGAGGUCAGCUUUGGUGGACAAAGAUGGUUUUCUGUUAUUUUGGCAUCAAUUUGAUGUUGUGUGUGUUAUCUAGAGCCAGAGAGCCAAAAGGGGGUGGAGCUACAGGGAUUUGAACCAACAACCACAUCAAUGUGUUUGGUGCAGUCACAUGAUGACACAAGCCAAGUUUAAUGCCAUUGUGACCUUGUAUUAGGAAGUAAUUAACUCUUAAUCUUAUCUGGGGGGCGCUGCGACCAAUUACAUAAAAAUCCCAUUGAGGUCCUCUUAGAGAGUCAAAGAUGGUUUUGUGGUAGUUUGGCAUCAAUCAGACGUUGUGUAAGCUUUCUAGAGCCAAAGAGCUGAAAGGGGGCGGAGCUAAAGGGAUUUGAACCAACAAUGCGUUUGGUGCAGUCACGUGAUGACACAAGCCAAGUAUAAUGCCAUUUCUGAACUUGUGUUUAGAAGUUGAUAAAGUUUGAAACCAUCAAGGGGGUGCUGUGACCAUUUACAACUAAAUCCCAUAGAGGUCACCUUUGGUCAUCAAAAAUGAUUUUCUGUUAAUUUGGCAUCAAUCAAAUGUUGCGUGGGUCAUCUAGAGCCAAAAGUCUGUAAGUGGACGGAGUUAAAGUGAUUUGAAAGAGUGAGCACAUACAUGUGUUGAUUGCAGUUGUGUGAUGACUCCCACCAUGUUUGAUAUAGUUUGGAGCUUUUUUGCAGAAGUUACAAAUGUUUUAUUGCAUCUAGGGGGCGCUGUCCCAAAUUUAGGAAAUAUUCCAUGAAGAAGUUUGUAGGUUGACAACAAUCAUUUGUGUGCAGUUUGGUGUGAAUUGCAUCAUGCAUGUGUUAUUCAGGGCCUAAUAUCUGUCAGGGGGUGGAGCUAAAGCAAUAUCAACCAAUGACCACAGGAUUGUGUUGGGUGCCUUUGUGUGAUGACAUGUAGCAAGUUUGGUGCAGUUGCGACCUCGUCUGUAGGAGUUAUUACAGUUUUAAAGGGAUGUAGGGGGCACUGUGGUGAUAAUAUACAACGUUCACCAACCGUUUGUGCCUCGUUGGCUAAAGGGCAUGAUUGUUGAUUACCAUGUUCAGUCUCAUGCAGAUCGGAGACUGUUUGCGGAAGUUACAGUCAAACGUAAGGUCACGGCGUCACGCCAGAAUUCGCCAUGGCAUCAAAGCCCCUCCCUUUCUAGAAAGCCAUCAGAACUGAAUGGCCAUUACAGCAUCAUGAAGUCAGUGAAUGACCUUAGUGUCAUGUUGACUAAAUUAGAGGGGACAAAUAUGGGCAUUUCACCAUAAAACAAUCGACUUCCUGUUGUCAGGGGGUGGGGCUUAGGUGAUGUCAGCUGUCCACAUUGUCACUGUCUUGAGAUGUGGUCAGUGAUCACACAAAGUUUGGUAUGGAUCUGAUCUGACAUAGGAGUUAUUACAUCAAGUAAUGUAAUGGCAAAAGGUCAAAGUUUGAGGCUUAGCCAUGCCCACACCUUUCAACUUUUGAAAAAUCCAACAGUUGAAUUUUUUCUCCUAUGUCUUAAGAGUCUAUAGCAGAAGUUUGAAGGCGAUUGGUGAAAAGGGCGAUGGGUCAUCACUUUCCAAAUGACGUGUGCGAAAACCACUAAAUCAAAUGGCCGACUUCCUGUGCAAGAUAGGAUUUUUUAGGCGAGUAGUCGAACUUCGAGGCCUGGCCACGCCCGCUCAGCAUAUACAAAAAGUUAGUUUUUUUUUCUAUUUGAUCGCCCAUCCCUUCUGAGCAAUUUCCCACAACUUUCGAGACGAUCGUGCGAAAAAUGAUCGAGUAAAUCAAUCAGAAGCGGACCCUAGAAACGGCCAAAAUGGGGUCAAAAUCACCACUUCAAACCAAAAUGGCGUUGAGGUUGACCAAGGUUGCAAGAGGCUUUUCUGUGCGGACUGUUGAGUACUACAAGUGUAUUUUUCACAUUCUAGGGGGCGCUGUGGAGCUAUAUUUCUUGCGAUUUUUUGGGGACCUUUAAAAUACCAAAUGUUACACCAUGUCUGACAUGCGUGCAAAAAUUCCUGAGUUUUCAGGUAUGUUAAGGCGUCCAAAAAGCCAAUUUACUUGGCGGAAGAAAAAUAAACAGAGCAGAUACAAUAGGCCUUCGCAGCACUUUCGCUGCUCGGGCCUAAUUAAUUUCUUAAGAAAAAAAAUUCUCUAUAUACAUUUAAUUAAGAAGCAGUCAGUUAACAUAUUUUAGUAAUAAUUCUACAUUUUCCAGUCAUUACUGCUUGAAUACACAUUCAUAUUGCUCUUUUUAUUGACAAAUGUGAGUGUUUUGUUACCUUCUCUGAAAAACAGUCAAAAAAGGAAUUAGUUCACCUUUCAUAGCUAUCUGCUCCUGUUGUUCCUCAUUAACUUGUCUGGAGCUGAAACAUUUGUAACUGUAACUUUGGCUGCCUCUUGGCCAGGACUCCAUUGAAAAUGAGGUUUUUAUUCUCAAUGGGACCUUUCUGGUUAAAUAAAUAAAAUAAUAAAAUUAA